UAUCUGAUGUGUCACAGUCACUUGCGUCAGAGAACAUGUAUCAGGUUUAGGUUCUCUUGCUGAAACCUGGAUUAACUUGAACUGAGAAGAUGAGAGAGAAAGCGAAAGGAUCGAUCAGAUUAAGGAUGUUGGACUUCGGGUGCCGGCUGUGGCACCUGACGCUGGUGCUGUGUCUCACAGGACUCCUGCAGGGGGAUCUGUGCUACGGUCAGCGUCUGGUCCAGAUCCAGGAAGGUCCUCUGUAUAGAGUGAAAGGAUAUCCCAUCUCCAUAUCCUGUAAUGUUAGUGGGUUUAAAGGCCCAUCUCUGCAGGAUUUUGAAUUUAAGGUCAGGCCAUCAAACAUGGAUAUAAAUAUCAUCAGUACUAAAGAGCAGGACUUUGCCUAUGCAAUAUUCUCCAAUAGAGUAAGUGUAAAAGAUAUUGAGAUUGAGAGGUUGUCAGGAUCUUCAGUUAUCUUGAGGAUCAAAAAUUUGCUUGAAGGGGAUGCGGGUGAUAUCUUCUGUCAAACCCCAACCACUGAUCCCACAUAUUUUGGAAGUUAUGAAGCGGAAACAAAACUUAAUGUGAUUGAGGACACCCUGAAGGCAUCGUACUCUGGCUCUUACUCUCAGAGCUUGUCUGAAGGUGAUCCUCUUCAGCUUGAGUGCCAGGUCUCCAGCGAGACUUAUCAGCACACCCAUCUGUCGGUCAGCUGGUUUCUCCACAGUGGAGCGGAUGAGAACCCCCGACCAAUCAUCACUCUGGACAAAGAUCUGACUGUAAAGCCAGGAGCUGGAUUUGAGGAUCGCUACCACGCAGGUCUUAUCAGCAUGGAUAAGGUGGAGGACACAACCUACAGACUGAAGAUGUCGCAAGUUCAGCAGUCUGACCAGGGGAACAUCUACUGCAAAGCCAGUGAGUGGAUCCAAGACCCAGACCGUUCCUGGACACAGAUUGCCCACAAAACCAGCACAGCAUGUAACGUGGAGGUCAAACAAAUUGUGGCCCCUGAUGAAGGUUCGUUCAGUGUCUACAUGAAGGCCUCAUUGGGGCCCCUACAGGUGGGAGAUGCACUGGACAUCCACUGCAGUGUGAAGGCACUGAGUCUUCCUGGUCAUUUAUUUUCUGUGACCUGGCUGAAGAACCAGAAGAGCGUGGCUCAGAUUGGAUCUUCUGGGAUGCUCACCGUGUUUGACAGUUAUAAAGAGAGAGAGAAUGCAGCGGAGAUGAGAGCAGUGAAAACCAGUCGCACGGACUACUUGCUGACCAUCCGUUCGGCUAGGGCUGAAGACCAGGGCGAAUACCAGUGUGAAGUCUGGCAGGAAGACAUAAAUGAUGAUGGCACCUUCAGAAAAAUACAAAAACAACUGUCCAGUCCAGAGACUGUGAACAUCAUGGCCAAAGAGAGUGAUCUGACGCUGGUCAUGGUGAUGGAGGAUGCUGUGACUGAGGGAGAUACACUACAGGUCUCCUGCUCGGUGUCGGGAUCCAAAGGUCCUUUAUCAGUGUCAUGGCAACACAAGAAAGACUCUGGGGAUUCCUUCAGUGAUGUCAUUAGUCUGACCCAUGAGGGAGUGAUGAAAGAUAUUGGGACAAAGUAUCAGAGCAGAAAUGUUCAAACACUCCAAUCUCCAGCUGGAAACUUUACCCUGGAGAUCGGUGCAUCUGCAACAUCUGACAGAGGCGAAUACAAGUGCAUUGUGUCUGAAUGGACCACACAGAGCAAUGGAGAGAUGACGAAAGCCAACACCCAGUCUCAGCAAAGAGCCAUUUUAGUUAAAUCUGUUGAAUCUCUAAUGAAGGUGACCUUGAAAAGUCGUACAACAAAUGUGCCUAUAAAUUCUCCAGUAGAAUUACUAUGUAUAGUCAAAGCGCCUAAAGUGUCUCUGGCUGUACGCUGGAUGUUUCAGCCGCCCAAUUCAACUGUACAGAGGAAUAUUUUAUCCAUACUCCACACUGGAGAAAUCGCCUGGGGAGCAGAUCGGAGAAACUAUCAGCUGUCCAUUCAGACACAGCCGUCAGCCACACAUUUUUUGCUCAUAGUCCCACAAGCCAGCAAGCAACAAGAAGGACAAUACCAGUGCCAAGCUGAUGCCUAUCAAAAGAAUGUACAGAAAGCCACGGAGAACUCCUACCUGUUGGCAGUGACUGUACAAAAACCUGUAAGCCGGAUGAGCCUGUCCAAACUCAAAUCUCGCCUGGAAACCACUGUCAACACUGAUGCUAAGAUUGAAUGCUCAGUCUUGACGACAACCACAAAUACUUCUCGUUUCACGAUAACAUGGAUGAUUGGCUCCCAGAUGCUCUUAACUAUGGACCUAGAUGCUGUUAUCAAGUUUGGCCCCGCAGCUGGCCUAGAGAUGGACCAGAGAAUCCGCAUGGAAGUAAGACAGAAACAGACCUUCCAGCUGACAGUCCAUCAGGUCAGAACAUCUGACAGUGGACAGUAUCGCUGUGAGGUGGAAGAGUGGCUCCAGGAUCCUCUUGGUGACUGGUAUUCCCUAAAGAAAAUGUCUGGUUCUACAGAGCUUGUUGUCAAUGAGAAAGCCAGUGAUUUCAGAAUGAAUAAAGCUAACACUCAGCUGAAGGUUAAAGAGGGAGAGCAGCUGGUGUUGAAUUGCUCAGUGGAGGGUAUUGGGUCUGAUUCCACACUUCGCUACUCCCUUUCCUGGUUAUUUAACCGAGAUCAGUCCUCCAGUGUGACACUUCUGACCUAUAGUUAUGAUGGCCGUCUGAUAUUUAUCAGCUCUGACUCAGAGUUUGGGGGACGACUCCAGUUCUCCAGCCCAGCAGUGGGUGUCUUUCAGUUGGCUAUACAUAGAGCCAUCCAGGAGGACAGGGGGCGCUACUACUGUCAAGUUCAUCAGUACCAGCUGGACUGUAAAGGUCAAUGGUCAUCUAAGGCAAGCGACAAGUCAGGUUACACAAAUGUUAGUGUUCAGCCUAUAGAGAACAAGCUGCAUGUGCACAAGGAGGACAAAAGCCUCAAUAUCACCAAUCUGCAAGAGGGGGUCACCGUUGACUGCAUCAUUGACUCACGGUCCAGUGAUGUAUCUGUGUUUGAGGUGACUUGGUCCAGGGGUCAGAGAGACGAACGACCCAUCAUCAUCUUCAAGGCCAGCCGUGACGGAACCUUACACAGUGCAAUCGAUGACAAAGAUCUGGUGUUUAGACGCCCAAGUGCCAUGCACUAUAAGCUGACUGUGCCAAACAUCAACCCCACUGAGACUGGCCUUUACUAUUGUCAGGUUGCUGAAUGGAUUCAGACAGCUGCGAGCAAGUGGAGAAAGAUUGGCGAAGACAAGUCUGGAGAGCUAUCCGUCCAUGUGGACACUGCGGAGAGCAAAAAAACAGACAGCUUCACCAUGGACAGGACUGAAGAGUAUCUUGACAUCAAAGAAGGAGAGCCGUUUGAGCUUGCAUGCUCUUUGAAAGUAGAAAAAGAGGAUCCUACACGUCACUACACUCUCAAAUGGGUGUUUAAUAGCCUGGAAUCUACUAGCGGGAUAACUUUAUUGUCAUACUCUUAUAAUGGUCGUCUACAGUACCUUACAGAAAACAAGCAACUUAAGGACAGGCUUCGCUUCUCUAGACCUACUUCCAAUACUUUCAAUCUGGUUGUAUUAAACUCAGAUACAGCUGAUAGUGGAAGCUACCAGUGCAGAGUUGAGCAGCACCAGCUCGAGUGUGAGGGCCAGUGGAAACUAAUGGCACAAGCCCAAUCAGGCUCAACUAACGUCACGGUUCACAGUAUUGAAAGUAAACUGCAUGUUAAGAAGGAGAACCGAAUGCUCAACAUCACCAAUCAUCAGGCUGAGUUCACCGUUGACUGUGACAUUGACUCUCAGUCCAGUGAUAAGUCUACCUUUGAGGUCACCUGGUUUAAGGUUCAGGAGGAAGGACCAAUCGCUAUAUUCACUGCCAAGCGUGACGGUAUUUUACACAGUGCAAUCGUUGAUAAACAACUGGUGUUUGGACGACCACAUGCCACACACUACAAACUGACUGUGCUGCAGAUCCAGCCCACUGAUGCGGGGCAAUACUACUGUCAGGUAGAGGAGUGGCUUCCCACCGCUGACAACUGGAGGAAAUUGGUUACAGAUACAUCUGGAGAGCUCUCGGUCCAUGUCCACACUGAAGGUGUUUCUGUAAAACAGACAAACCCGUUAGGACCAGCACUGGGAAUCACUAUUCCUCUGAUUUGUUUACUUGUGUUGGUUAUAAUACUAUUGUUGAGAAGAGAGCACAAGAGGAAUUGUGAUCUGAAGAAAAAGAAAGCCUGUCUGUGGGCUGAAAACAACCCUCUUACCCCUAUGCCGGAGGUCAGUUCUCCUGAGGCGGAUUAUUCCUGA